AUGCGGGCUGCAGGGCCGCUGUCGCUCAUCUGGCUGGGCGGGUGCGCCGCCUCCGUGGUUGGCGAUGACAUCGACGAAAUUCAAGGCGUGCUGGCAAUUUCUGCAGUGGAAGAGCCCUUCAUCGGUGGGCGGGAGGCGCGCGGCGGGGCCGCUUGGCGUGAGGAGGCUGGCGCGCCGCGCGUGUUCCCGCUGCUGCCGGGCGAGCUGUGUGGGAGGCUGAUCGUCGAGGCCGAGGCCGCUGCCGCGGCGCGAGGCGGCUGGACCACCGACCGCCACGCCCGGUACGCCACCACCGACCUGGAGGUGCGCGCGGUGCCCGGGAUGUGGGCCCUGAUCGAACCGCACCUGCGGCGCGCGGCCGCGCUGGCGGCCGAGACCUACGGCGGGGAGCCGGGCCUCGAGUUUCACGACGUGUUCGUGGUGCGAUACGACGCCAGCGGUCAGCGGUCGCUGGCCUCCCAUCAAGACCCGGACGGGUCCCGGGUAACGCUCCAGGCGGCGCUCAACGAGGAGAGGGCGCGGACUACGACGGCGGUGGCACCUUCUUCGGCUCGCUGGGAUGCUGGUUGCAGCCAGAGGUGGGUGGCGCCAUGGUUUUUCCAGGACGCCACCUCACACACUCCGCAAGGGAGAUCACCCGCGGGAGGAGACUCGUACGUGCUUGUCGGCUUCAGUCACCGGGAGGGCGGCUCCGCGGAGGACGAGCAUUUCGCCCUCUCUUUCGGAGAGCUCCGUUCAGCGUGGUCCUGGCGCCUGCCCCGUGCCUGCGGCGCGGCAGCACGCUGA